UCUCAGCAUUCAAGACCAGCGAGUGAGGGGAUCCGACUAUUGUGAGCCUCUCUGUGUGGCGUCCAGGGGGAGAGAGAGGGAGAGAGAAGAGCGGCGCCGAGCAGAGGAAGCCACAGACACUUGCUGUCCAACCCUUGGAGCUCGCAUCGUAUGAACGCAGCAUCUGUUAUCUCUGCCCUGCUUUGCGUCGUGAGUGGAGGCGGCAGCUGGAGUCGUCGUGGCCAUGUCCAGGGAGCACGGCGCCGGUCUGGGGCUCUGGCUGCUCCUGGUCCUCGGAGCAGGCUUGGAGGCGGCAGUGGAGGGAUGCAGCUGCCACCCGUCUCAUCCGCAGCAGCUCUUCUGCAGCGCGGAGAUCGUGAUAAGGGCAAAGAUAUCAGGAGAGAAGAUCGUGUCGCCUAGCAACAAUUCCUCGCCGUACAUGAAGAUGAUCCAGUAUGAAGUCAAGAUGAUCAAGAUGUUCAAAGGUUUCGAGAAGGCCAAGGACAUACAGUACGUCUACACGCCGGUCUUCUCCUCACUAUGUGGGGUCAAACUGGACAACAACAACAAAGCUGGGUAUCUGCUCUCAGGAAGCAUGUGGAGUGAUGGGAGGAUUUCCAUCGGCCAGUGUGACCUGGUGGAGUCCUGGGACAACCUGUCGCUGUCACAAAAGAAGAAUCUCAACUACAGAUACCAGAUGGGCUGUGAGUGCAGAAUCAACACCUGCUAUUCGGUGCCAUGUGCGUCUGCAGGAGUGGACGAGUGCCUGUGGACGGACUGGCUGCUGGACAACAGCCUGAACGGAGAGCAGGCGCGUCAGUACGCCUGCAUCCGCCGCUCCGACACCACCUGCAGCUGGUACAGAGGCGGACCCCCGCCUGAAAGAGACUUCCUGGACAUGUCCGACCCUUGACCUGCUUCGCCAAACCAUCAGCCAAUUUGCCAUCAGGCCAGACAAAAGCAUCAUCUUCAAGCUCCUUCAACUGUGGUCCAAGUCGCCCCGAGGCCCGGCUCCUACUGGCUGCUAACGCUGCCAGAUCUCUAGCGCCUUCGAGCUCUGGGAACCAAAUGUUGGCCUCAAUGUGUCAAAUUGGAUUCAAGUGACUUUAGCCAAAUGACCUCACAAGGUCUCUCCAAAUAUUUCUGCGGUUCUGUAUCACAUGAAGACCUGAGAAGCAGCAGGAAAGCAUUCAGGCCACUCACAAUAAAACCACCGUCCCAGCCGCGCAUCCACCGGACAAGUCAACUGUCAGUGAGUAAAAACAAAACAGGCUUUGUGGUGUUGAGUGGAAAAAUGGAACAAGUGAAAUCAAUAAAAUAUAGUGAGUGAAGUGGGAAGGGUGAGUUUGAAGUUGGAAAUAAGUCAAAAGAUCAGACCAUCACCUGACAACAGAAGGAAAGGGAUGCGUAUUGGGAGUCAGUUUUCUCAACACAACUGACUGGAAAAUCCACAAUGGCAAUGUAGGUUUGCUUCUUUCUCAUUUCAGAAAUGCAAUGCAAUAUAAUAGGAAUAAAUCCCAAACACAUUUAGGGUGUCUGCAUCACAGACCCAGAACAUGAAGAUGAUCUGCAUCACUCUGCCAAACUUCAACAACAUACCUUGACCUUUCAAACAUGGCUAGUAUGUGGACUCUUGCGGCUCUUAUUAGCAGGUGGGAGGUCUAGAUACCUUGAGUCGCACUUGUACUGGGUCCCAGUCCAUAUUCACAGCUAUAAAGAAAACCUUCAGCAUCUUCUGACGUGGAAUAUCACCACGAUCAAACAUCAAGCAACAUGUUACUGAGAUGACGACAGACAGACAGGCAGGCGGACAUAGAGACAGACAGACAGACAGGCAGGCAGGCGGACAUAGAGAGAGACAGACAGACAGACAGACCCUUCUCACUGCUUGGAGCCAAACGGGCCAAACACAACGUUGCAGCUCGGAGACUUUGCUCUUACACAAGCUCCAGGUUACAGGAGGCAGUGACAGUGUGCAUUCAUCAUGAAUGGGACGUACAUCUCGGGGCUUCAGACCUAAUGAAAAUCCACUUGCUUUUUCAUGCCUCUUUAUUCACCGCCGCACUAGCAAACAUUCAAGAAGUUGAGGAGCUGUAGAGGGAGCCAGAACUGAGGCAGGAUCCUGCUGAGGAGUGGCGCGUCGUUCACUCCUAAAGUGAGACCCAAGACUCGUCCAAGAAGUUUCCAAACAAAAGAGGGUCCAUAUGAAUUAGCAGAGACGGGAAGAGACAUCCUAGAACCACGAAGACCUUGGCAUUGUUGUACAUAUGUUAACCAGGAAGCACAGGAGCUACUAGCAUCUGCGUUAGAUUCCACGUGUCCAUGCUUUCACUUCGUACAUGACGUACCAUGAGAUGUUUUAACAGCUGCACUAAAAACAUGGGUGAGAGGGAGCGAGGUUUUCCGGCUGGCUGCUGGGUUUGACAAGGCACUAACAUGAUAUUAACACUGUAAGAGCAUUUAAAAGAUUUGUUUUGUAUCGAAAGAACUCUUUGUAUUUAUGUCUGUUUCUGCCUGAUUCAACUUUUCUAUCCCAUGUACCAAAAAGAAUGUACAUAAACUGUCUCACUGC